AUGGACCUCGCCGUCAUGUUGCUCGCGGCAGAGAGCCGCCGAGAUGCUCAGGCUUUAAAGAAUGCCUAUGAGCUGAUCAAAUCAGCCAGUCAAGGGAAGUCUGCACUCGACUCGUCAGAUCACUUCAGCACUGACUUAUAUGUUUUAUGUGCUGAACAAGCGCUUCAGUUGGGGGAGCUGGAGAUGAGCAGUGACUGUCUGCAGAUGUAUUUUAAAGGAAGGUUUCCUGUGAACCAGUUUCUUGGCAGAGCGUACUUGUGCCAAGGCCAGCUGCACACUCCACUCUCCACAGAUAAUUUGGAGGAGUUUGAACAGUUUGUGCUGUUUUUCAUGAAGGCCAUAGAGUUUGCCACCCAUGAUCGAAGGUACUAUUUUUUGCUAUAUAAUGCCUCAGUUCUUUAUUGGCAACUUGUGAGGCCAUUUCUUCAGCCUGGGUUCCGCUAUUGCCUUAUUCCCAGCCUUGCUCAGAUUGUUAAAGCGUUAAACCAAGCUGAAGAGCCAGACAGAGAAUGGAGAGCAGAACUCAUGGUGAAUUUACUUGAGUGCUUCAUCGAUGCUUCAAAGCUGGAAGAAGCGAAAGAGUUUUCGUCCACUGCAGCAAUCUUCAUUAAGGAAGACGUUCCAGAUAAAUACUCCCAAAUAUUUUCUCUAAUGGUGUAUCACAAACUAAUGGAUAUUUCCCAGGUAGAGAAAGAAAUACAAAAUUCCAUCCAUCUUUCAGUUAUUUACAAAAUGCAGAUGCUAAAAUUGAUUCCUUUGAUUCUGGAAUUGGCACGUUUUUCCAUGAAAGUGGACUGCACUGAGCUUGCACGUGCCUGUAUCCUUGAUCUGAAGAGAGCUGGGCUUACUGAGCAAGGGAAACUCAUAGAAAUAGAAUGCCUGGAACGUGAGUAUGAAGUUAAGAAACUUGGCACUAACGUGAUCUACACCAAAGGAGUUGCUGAGGCUCAGCUGGAACUGGUAACAAGCCUUGAGGUUGUUCAGCUGGGAGAUCCAGAUGUGAUUCAGGUUGUGUGCACAACCUUGUGGAACGUGUGCUUCCCACUGCUCCAACACAGUUUGCAUCAGUGUGUGCGGAAGCCCCUGGCAGCCAUGGCUGAUGCCCUUGAGGAGAUUGACAGCAUGUUGGUUUUGCUGCGUUGCCAAGUUCAUGUGGAGCUAGCUCGUGUCGAGGAGGAUGGGGACCGAAUGGAGGCUGCUGUGGAGCACGUGCGGAAGGCUGCACGUCUGAGCAGCAGCGGGCAGUGCCAGGAGCAUCUGAGAUUGACUUUGAACCAUCUGCGUGCUGUGCUGUGUCCAUCGCCCGAGCGUCUGGAGGACCGGGCAGUGGUGCUGCUGAAACAGGCUAAAAGGGGGGAGCAGAAGGGCGAUGUGAGGAAAAAGCGGUCCCUUCUGGUCAAUGCAGGUCGUGCACUGGCUCCUGAUUCCUUUCAAACGGUCCUUGACAGUGAAAAAGAAUUGAAAGUUGCUGCAGGUAAAAGUAGGAGUGAAAUCAGCUGCCUCUGUGCAGGAGCCCAACAUCAUACCAAAAGCGUGGAGAAAGUUGAUGAACAUUUGAAACUCUUACAAAAUGAAAACAACCGAGAAAGAAUUAUGCUUUGGGCAGAUUUGGCAAAAGUUGCCCGAGCACAGGAGGUAUGGGACGUCUGCCGCGCAGCCUGCAGGUUCUGUCUCUGCUACGACGAUAAUUUGUUUAGGAGGGUAACAAACCCCAGACGAGCACAGGCGAAUAAAGGCAGUACAGCUGUGAUGGAUGCUGAUCGAGGUGACAGCUUACCAGGGGAAUCAUCGCUGCCUGCUAAAUCCUUCUCUUUUGAAAGACACUUACUGAGAACAUUAGCAGAAAUCAGGCUCAUAAGUGCAGAGGCAACUGUGCAUCUGUUAAGAUUGCAGGGAAUUGAGCUGAACGAUCGUGCGGUCCCUCCCGAAGAGACAAGCCACUCUCGCCCAGGAUAUGUUUCACAUCUUCCUGAAAGUGAUCCAGAGUGGAAAACAUACAGUCUGUGGAUAGACUGCUUAUCUCGGUAUGCUAUGGACAACUUCCAGCGUGCAGCCGAAAUAGGAAAAGAACUGAAUGAAGCCUGGAUUGUUCACAAUGCUGUGGUGUGCGUCUUGAACUACAACAGACACCUUAUCUCUUCGGGAAGGCAGAGGGAGAUCAUUGAGUGUCUACAGACUCUUCUUGGAGCCAUCAGGACCGUUGGGUACAACGGAAGCACGGCAGUUCUCUUUAUGUUGUGUAAUGCUUUGGCCCGGGGCUUAAUCCUGUGUUGGAUUCCAAAGCCAGAGCUUGCUGCGAAGGACGAAACAGAUGCAGCAACAGGCAGAGGCAGAAAAGCUGCGGCCAAGAAGCACGAAAAAGCAAACGUCAUCCAGUCGUCUUCAGUAGAUCCCAGGGGACUUCCUGAUGUCAGGGCUGCCCUAGAGAUUUGUGAAUUUGCCCUGAACGUGCCCACUGGAGCUCCCCCCAGUGAAGUGGUGCCUGUUGCUGCGCGGCAGCAGAUCAUCGCUACGUGGGUGAAAGCGAAACAGUUAAAUGGGCAGCAGAUCGAACACCAACUGGGGGCUGAGGAGGAGAAUAACCAUGAAGGACAAAAUCCUGUGGCAAGAAUUCUUGUGGGCCUAGAAAUGUAUUCAUGCAAUGGCCUGGGCCUCCUGGAUUUCACCGUUCCCAGCUUGUCUCAGCUGGUGAAACUGGCUGUUGAAUGCAGCUGGUCAGAUUCCUUGGUGGAACUGCAGACACUGACACGGCUGAUGUAUUUUGCAUAUGUGUCACAUGAUCAUGAAAUCGUGAUGGCUUGUUCCAGAAAGAUCCGCGAAUCAGAUGAGAAUUUUUGCCACGCUGGAGACACCAAGGAGUGUGAAACGUCUGUUAACAAGGCGAGACGAGAAAUGGUAAGCACUGCUGCCUGUAUACAAGGAAGGAGUAUGAUGGAAAAUUCGCCUGGAGGGAGACAUGUGCGUGUAGCAGCAUCAAAAGCCUUUGUUCAGAGUGCCAGGAACGCAGGGGAGGCUGGGAAUUACUCCCUUGCAAUGUCCGCAGCUCGGCACUUCUGGAAUGCAUGUUUACCCCUGCUGGGCUCUCCACAUGACAGGAAGCACUUUAAAGAGCCUACUGAAGUAAUUCUCCAGAAUAUAAUUAAAGCAGAAUCUAAGAAUAAACAGGAGAAGAAGGAUAUGCUGCCUUUGCAUCAGUGGAUUACAAAGGAUUUUCAAAGCAUUGGGUCAUCAGUUGGAUCCUUUCUCCGAGGUGCUGAGGAAGAUCUGGCAUUAAGAACCUCCUUAUAUGGGUUGUUAUUUCACAUAUAUGCUGAUAAAGCUGACUGGGAGACAGCACUGCAAGUCCUGGAUGAAGCUAUUCAAGUUUUGCCUCAGACGAGACACAGGCUCCUGAUUUUUAAACACAUGGCUACAGCGAAGGCAGCAUUGGGGUGUGAUUUCAUGAUGGAUGUUCAGAAACUGAGAGAUGAAGGUGAAGACUACUUGUCGCGGAUGUGGCGCCAGCUGGGAGCAGUCUCCAGAAGCACUGCUGGGCAGUUAAGCUGUUUCCAAAACGCAGUCGUUGCUUUACAGAAACAAGAAAAUGAUUGGCAGAAGGUUAAUUAUCUGAUGGAAUUCGCUGAAUGGUUGUACUGUAACCAGUUCUCCCUCAGUGAUGUUAUGAAGGUUCUGGAUUGGGUGGUAGAUCUCUUGCUGCAUAUGGAAUUUUCCAUGCACUCCUCAGGAGAAGAAGAAAAAAAUACUAUACCAAGGUGUUUGCCUACAGAAUAUUUGAAGACAGACAUUGCAGCAAGUGAUACCAGGCCCCAGGUUAAUUUGGAGGACUUGAGGAGCGUGAAACAUUUGGAAGCUCUGUUCAGAGCGCAGACACUGAUGGCUUUAGUUUCUGGCCAGAGCUCUCCCGUUCAUCAGCAGCAUUGUUUGCUGGCCUGCGCUUGUGUCGUCCGCAUCUGGCAGGUUGACCUUUCUGCUGUGCAAGAGAAGCCUAAGGAGAGGGGCUUGGUGGCCACCUUACCAGCAAACGUGGAGGAAUGGGCUGAGUACGACUGUCCCAGGGAAAUCCGAGAUACUUUUAAACACAAAACAAACAGUUACGGUAUUAACCGGGAUAAUUUCCCUGAACCUACUUGUACUUUGUAUUUUAUGGACCUUUUAUCUAAAGAACUGCAGAAAAUCUUCUGCCCCCACCUGGUUCUUCCCAUCUUUCAGCUGGCUGAAGUGAUUGCCGACGAGGUGGUGGCAUGUAGAAGUCUGUCUGAUCUCUAUCACCUUCGCAUUGCUCUGGUGUGCUCAGAGCUGCAGCUGGGCCGGGCAUCUUUGUACCACGAGAAAGCUGCCGGAGAAGCCCACCUCCCUGAAUCGGAACAAGCGGAGUACGUACGGUCGCCACAGAGGCUGUUAGUACCAAGAAUCAAGUUCAUCAAGACCGUGGCAGAUCUGAAGUCGUUGGUCUGUUCUAAGGUUUUUGAGUUAAAUGCGGUAACAGGAACAGGACUGAGUGCACUGUCCUUCCCCUACAUGUGGAUGGAAAAAGCUGAGGUGCUCAUUCAGUUGGGCGCGUGUCAGCCUGCGGGAGUUCUGCUUUCAGAGGCCCAUGCUGCAGCUCAGGAAUUGGGGGCCCUGUGCGAUGUGUCACGGUGCUUGUACCUCCGUGCUGUGUUGGCUAAGCUGGAAGGAAGCCACAGGCAAGCUAGAGCACUCCUUGAGAAAGCCCAGCUCCUGGGGGGCAGUGAGCAGUUCUGGUACAGCAGCACGCUUGGUCUUGCAGGAGCCAUUCUAGAGGAAGAGGAGGAGGGAAAACAGAGUGUGGCGUGCGAGGCGCUGGAGCGCACUCUCAGCAUGCUCAGAGCCGCCGUACUGCGGAGGCCGAACAGAGAAGCAGAGCUGGGGUUUAUGAUUACAUCCCUUGAAGCCAGGAAAACCCUUAUUCAGAUACAUUUGGUCCAAGAUUGUGUGACAGUUAAUGCCGAGCCCUGUCGGUUGCCCCAGGAGCUGCAGGAGUCUUACAGUAAAUUAGCUCAACUGGAGAAGGACUUCGCACACUACGGGCACAAAACCUACAGCGCCGAGAUGCUGCUGGAACGUGCAAACGUUCACAGGAUGAUUGCCAAGCAGGAAAGAAGCAAAGCAGCAAAACACGGUCACUAUCUUGAUGCUUAUAACCUAGCUCAGAGGGCAGUAUCCAAAACGGAGGAGGUGUUUCAUGACCUUUGUGGCUUAUUUGCAGUUAAUGAGACUACAAACGUUAGUAUCCCAUUAAUGAGGCAACUUGCUAGCAGGAAAAUCAAUUUUGUAGAAAUUCUUUUGGAUAUUUUUCAUCUUGUCAUUACUGAGAAAAGGCUUGAAGUGGGUGAAGCAUCAUGGCACACGUUUGUGGAGGCCUUCACCAGAGAGGCUUCUGAGGACACUGCAGCAGAACAGGGUUGGAAGCAGAUGGAGCGCGCUGUGGGUCACAUCAUACUGGCUCAGCUAGCAAACGUACAGGAUCUUUCUGCAGGCUGUGCUGCCAUCAGGUCCAAAUGCCUGUAUCUCACUGGAAAAACUCUUCGUUUCCUUGCCGUGAACAGAGAUCCUGUACAUCCCGAGGCGUACUGGAAGCUGAAUGUUACGAAGGACCAUAAGUUGUCUCAGAACUACCUUUCUCAGUCCAGUGAAGCUUUGCUGCAGGGCCUGGGUGUUGCGUUCCGUCAUGGUGUCACUGACGUACUGGCUCCUGCUGGUCUUGAAAUGGUUGAGUGCUUCCAGCAAUUUGAUCCGGUGUCAACAAGCCAGUUUUUAGCGCUGUAUCAGAGCUGUUCAGCGUCUGUGACGAUGAAGAGUAUCCUCCUAACAGCUACAUCUUGUGGCAGCAGCUCGCGGCUGGCAGCAUUACUGCAUCUUCAGAAUCAUCUAAACCAGAACAGAAACACGAGGGAUCGUCUGAAAAAUGUGGAACAGCAACUGGCUGCUACCUCAGCGGCGUGGAGAAAUCUCUGUGUUCCUGUUGAACAUCUUAAUAUCAUGGAGGAAUUGCCAUCGAAUUUCUGCGUAAUCAUUCUCCAGCAUUCGGAAGACAGGUCGGAGUUGUACGGUUCAGUGGUUCAGAGGCCGAAAGCCAGUGCAGAGCAAAAAGGAAAACCCGCACGGCCAACAGGUACGCCCAUGGAUUCAGGAUUGUGUGUGGUAUUACUAGCAGACACAUUGUUUAUGGAACUGCCUUUGGAAGCUCUAAGUGUCUUUGGAGAAGAAGGAAUAAGUUCUGUAUCCAGAGACUUUUCUCUCCAGAUUCUCUACAAUCGAGUUUGUGUGGCUGAAUCAGUCUUCAUAAAGGAGAGGAAGUGUCUGCUCAUGCGGUUCUGGAAGUGGCCACUGAGUGAAGAAGCUCUGGCCGUCCGAGCGAGGAUGCACAUCUCCAACACCCACCACCCUCCUGCACCAACUAGUGAUUUACGCUCUGACCGCUUGCCUGUUGAUACUCGCAAGCUGAAAUAUAUUGUGGACCCCUACAACGAAGGAAUAGAGGCAGAAUGCCGUUUGGUGAUACUUCUGGACCUGGUGCGAUCAGAAGAGAGUUACCGAAGAAUUGCAAACUCCGAUACCCACAAAAG